AUGGAAGAAUUGAAUGAAGCUCAACAGAAUGCAUUAUCUCAUUUUCGAGAGGUUACACAAAUCGAUUCAGUUGAAACUUGUCUUCAAUUUUUAGAAAAUCAUUCUUGGGAUGUCGAACGAGCUAUUGAAACGGCACUCAUCAGCGGGACAGAACCAUUGAUAACCGAAUCUGAUGAACCAUCGGUAGGAUCCCAUGAUGAUGCAAUCCCCUUUACUCCACCUUCACCUUUUUCUUCGGAAUCUCUUACUCGACGACGUCCUUCUCUACCACAGCAAUAUCAAGCAUCGACAACUUCCAAUAAUGUAAUACAUCGACAUCAUGCUUCAAACGGAACUGCUGCCAUUCAACACAUGCCAUAUUCAUGGGUACAAAUUUUUCGAAGACCAUUAACAUUAUUAUAUUCCAUGUACAUUAAAGUUCAACCAUUUUUACCAUGGACGCUUAUCCGUAUUGUUUGUUCGUUUGUUCGAUCGUUUUGGGGUGAAGCUUUGGCAGAUCCACUUCAAGAACUUCAGGAUUAUUGUACAUAUUUUGAUAAUCAAUAUGGUACGAGACACACAGCAUUUUAUCGUGGAAAACUUUCUCAGGCUCUUCAAGAUGCUAAAAGAGAAGUUCGUCUAUUGUUUAUUUACCUGCAUGAAAAAAAUUCACCAGUAUGUGAAAGGUUUUGCAGGGAAGUGUUAUGUGAGGAAGCAAUUCAAAAUAUAAUUGGUAACAAUCUGCUUUGGAGCGCUAGUUCUGAUACACAAGAAGGACGUGAUGCUAUUCGCUUUCUUCAUUGCAAUGCUUAUCCCUGUUUAUGUAUAAUUGCACAUGAAGCAUCUCGACAAACUGUCCAAUUACAACUUGAAGCAUAUAAUGAUGCUGAUGAAUGCUUAGCUGCCAUAUUUGAUGGUGUACAGAAUGCUGAACAUGUAUUAGAACAUAAUCGAAAUGUACAAAAUCAACGAGGUCAAAGAGAUCGUUUAUUAGAAGAACAAAAUGCUGCUUAUCUUGAAUCGAUGAGAGCUGAUCAAGAAAAGCAAAAACAAAAACUAUUAGAAGAAAAUUCACGUCGAAUAGCUGAAGAAGAAGAACGACGUAUUCAAGAUGAACGACAAAAAAAGUUACAAGUAAUGUUAUCUUCUUAUGUCUAUCAAUUUGCCGAAUUUCGUGAUAAUAUGAAAGCAAGUUUACCUGUUGAACCAUCAUCAACUGAACCUGAUAUAAUUCAAGUAUCUAUACGUUUACCUGAUAAUGAACCAAUUAAAAGACGUUUUAGACGUAAUGAUCCAGCUAAACUUUUGUUUGAAUUUGCCUGGACAAAUGAACAUGUACCCGAUCAGUUUGAAUUAUUGUGGGGUUAUCCACGUCGUAGAUAUCAAUAUAAUCAGAUUAGUGAUCAAUUAAUUAAAGAUGUUAUAGUUGGAAACAGUGAAACAUGUUAUCUUGAGAAAACGGAAGAAUCAGAUAGUUGA